AUGGGCCGUGGCAUGGUCCGCAACCUCGUCGCCAAAGCCUCGCUCGCCCACCCGCUGACUCUCUACAACCGCUCGCCCGCCCGCGCCGUCGACCUGGCUGCUUCUCUCCCGCCCGGCACCACCACCGUAGCCGCCUCCAUUGCUGACGCCGUGCGCCCGGCCUCCAUCGUCUUCACCUGCCUGGGCGACGACACCGCCGUCGAGUCCACCAUCACCGCCGCCCUCGCCGCCGACAUCACCGACAAGCUCUUUGUCGACUGCUCCACCGUGCACCCCGACACCUCGCGCCGUCUCGAGGCCCUCCUCCAGUCCCACGGCGCCCACUUUAUCGCCUGCCCCGUCUUUGGCGCCCCGCCCGCCGCCGACGCCGGCCAGCUGGUGUGCGUGCAGGCCGGCAAGAAGGCCCUGGUCGCGCGCGUGCAGCCCUACUUUGCCGGUGUCAUGGGCCGCGCCAACAUCGACCUCAGCGCCGCCUCCGAGGACCCCGGCCGCGCCGGCAUGCUCAAGGUCCUGGGCAACGCCAUGAUCUUCCAGAUGGUCUCCGCCGUGGCCGAGGGCAUGGUGGCCGCCGACAAGUCCGGCCUGGGCGUCGACCCCCUGCACCGCUUCCUGGAGGCCGUCUUUCCCGGCCCGUACGUCGGCUACUCGACGCGCAUGCUGGCGGGCGACUACUACACGCGCGACGAGCCGCUGUUUGCGGUCGACUGGGCGCGCAAGGAUGUGGCGCACGCCCUGGAUCUGGCGGGCGGCGUGGGCGUUGAGAUGAAGGGGGUCGAGCGCAUCGAUGACUAUCUAAAGGAGGUCAAGGACAAGUGCGGCGAGAAGGGGGAUAUUGCCGGCAUCUACGGUAUUGCGAGGGAGCGGGCGGGCCUGAAGUUUGAGAAUAAUCCGUUUUCAUCCAAGCCUGAGCUCUGCCUGUAUUCGCUCGUCGGCCGAAGGAGUCUUGUCAAACACUCCAACAGUGAUCAUGGGCUUCUAGAAUGGCAAGGCCAUGAUACAAUGCAAGCAACCGACAGUCGCAGCAGCAAGGACAAACAAAGAGAUGUCCUCGUUCUGCCAAAAUCCCAAUCUUCACAUCUAAUGCGAAAAGAUAUAAAAGGGCUUCAGGCACCCUUCGACCAGCAACUCAAUCCAACAAGCAACCCUCUAAAUACUCCCAACACAAGCAUACACCAUGUUGUUCAAAACCCUCCUCAUCGCCGCCGCGGCCCUGGCCGCAACCACCCUCGCCGCGCCCGCCGCCGACGGGACCCUGGUGCGCCCCAUGAAGGAAGACAGAUGUGA